AGCAUCUGUGUUGCCCCAAACAGAAGAGCCCUGUUGUAGCCUACAUGCACAGCAGCAAAUGAAUAGCCAGUUUAUUCUGAUUUUCGAGUAGUCAAUCUUAUCCGUUCACAUCACUGAAGAGUUCCUUCGGAUGCGACAAGUUGCUUACGUCGAUGGCUCGUUGUGAGAGAUAGAGGAACGGACGGGCAGACAGAGCGAACUAGCACUCGCGCAACUGGAGGGGAGGGGGAGACGCAUUCUGACGGAGUACACACACGCAUUGGCUACAUCUACUGUAGACAAAUUCCUGUUUCACUGAUGUGUCUGUGUAUCCGCUGUAUAUCUGUUAAAACCAUUUCAUCAUAUGGCUGAGUUAUGUUUAGUAGAGAAAUGACAUACAGUUUCUUACACGGUAUUUUUUUCACGUAAUUUUGUCUUAUUACCCCCUGUUUGUUAUUUCGAGGCCGUUAUUUGUCGUCCACCCCCUCUCUCUCUUUUUCUCUCCAUCUCCUUUUCCUCUCUUUGGGAGUGCGACGGUCUUCGAAUAAGCUUCUGAAAUAAUAAGCCGGCAGUAGCCCAACUAUCAUGUCCUCCUCAGUGACUGCUUCCUGUGAAUAAGAGGACCAGAGCGAGAGCAUCCAAUCACAAUCGAGAGCCUCCACCAGCACAUCUUUCCAGUGAGAGAGAGAGAAAGAGAUAGAGGCCAAAGAGAGAGAGAGAGAAAACGAGUGCAGGAAGGAGAGGGGGAGAGAGUGAGAACAGUCGAUGGAUGCUGUCCGGAUUGAGGGGACAGUGCAUUCUUCAUUAACGAGGAAAAGAAAGAUUUCAAAAUGGAGUCGAAGGAUAGAAACUCGGCGGCAGGGAUGGUUUGUGAGAAGGGGAUCCAGAUCCUCCUCACCACCGUGGGGGCCUUUGCAGCCUUCUGCCUGAUGACGGUUUCUAUAGGGACGGACUACUGGCUGUACUCCCGCGCCUCCAUCUGCAACAGCACCCGCAACCACUCAGACGACCCCCACAACAAGGACAAGAAGGACCCCGGAGCCCUCACCCACUCUGGCCUCUGGAGGAUCUGCUGCCUGGAAGGGGUGAAGAGGGGAGUGUGUUCUCAGAUCAACCACUUCCCUGAGGAUGCUGACUUUGACCAUGAUGGGCCAGAGUAUGUUCUACGUAUGGUCAGGGCUUCCAACAUCUUCCCUAUCCUCAGUGCUAUCCUGCUGUUGAUGGGAGGGGUGUGUAUCGGUCUCAGUCGCUUCUAUAAGCACAAGAGGAACAUCGUCCUGGGAGCAGGCAUUCUCUUUGUGGCUGCAGGUCUGAGCAACAUCAUCGGUGUGAUCGUGUACAUCUCUGCAGCGCUGGGAGACAUCUCCCCUAAGAAGGACGAGGACAAGAAGUGGCAGUACAGCUACGGCUGGUCCUUCUACUUCGGAGGCCUGUCCUUCAUCAUGGCUGAGAUGGUGGGCGUUCUGGCCGUCAACAUCUACAUCGAAAAGAACAAGGAGCUUCGCUGCCGCUCGCGCACUGACAUCUUCAAGGGGACCACGCACGCCAUGCUCCGCCUACCCAGCUACCGCUUCCGCCGUCGCUCCCGCUCCUCAUCCCGCUCUACUGACCCCUCACGCUCCCGAGACCCCUCGCCGGUGGGGGGAGGCGGGGGGAAGAACUUUGGCCUGCCCCCCUCGGCCAUGCUCUCCCAGGGGCCCAUGUCUGUGGCCACGCUGCCCAACCCUCACUCUCGCUCCCACACCACCCUGGCGGGGGGCGACAUCUCCCUCUACACUCUGUCCCGCGACCCCAAGCUGGCUGGCCUGCCCCCCAUGUACGGCACCGUGGACCGCGCCACCCUCUACCAGCUCCACAACUGCUUCCCCAAGGACGGGGGAGGAGGGGGAGGAGGGGGUGUGAUGAUGAGCGGCACACUGCCCUCUCUGAAGUCCCACAACCCCUCGCUGUCCCAGAAUUCCUCCAACUCCAACGCACCCAUGGGCAACUCGGUGGGCUCGGGGCCCCCACCCUUCUCCUCGUCCACGGUGGAGAGAGAACGAGGGAUGGGAACGCUGGACAGGCUAAAGGGAGAUAGAGAGAGCAACUCCAAUACGCUCAACAGGAAGACAACACCCGUGUAGAGAGGAGGGGGGGAGAGGGAGGGAACGCUGGACAAGCUAAAGGGAGAUAGAGAGAGCAACUCCAAUACACUCAACAGGAAGACAACACCCGUGUAGAGAGGAGGGGGGGGAGAGAGGGAGGGAACAGGGAAGGAAGAGAGAGAGAGCAACUCCAAUACGCUCAACAGGAAGACAACACCCGUGUA